GUCUGAGCUCGACGAAGCUCGCACUCAUCAAGUCAUGGCCACAUCACAGGCAGCCCCAGUGGACCCUCACUCUAUGCAAGAUGUCACACCAUCAUUAGCAGAAAAUGGGACACCUCAACCAGAGGGGGAAGAAGCUGUUUCUGAGACACUUUAUAUUCAAAACCUCAACGAGAAGGUGAAGAUCGACGUGCUCAAGGCUUCACUAAAAGGCUUGUUCAAAUCGUAUGGGGAAGUGCUGGAUGUUGUAGCGCAUAGCAACUUGAGAAUGAGGGGUCAAGCAUUCGUCUCAUUCGCAUCCCCAGAGAUCGCACAGAAAGCUAUGAAGGAAGUCCGUGGUUUCCCUCUCUACUCCAAACCUAUGCAAAUUACGUUUGCGCGGACGCGAUCUGACGCUGUCGUCAAACGAUUGGAUGCUAACAACCUUGAACAACAUACGGCCAAGAGAGCUGAACACAAAAGGCGUACGCGAUAUUCGAACCCCUUGAAGCAGAAAUUCAAGGCCAAGCGGAUGGCUGCAGAAAUUGACGGAGCUGCUGCAGCUCCUGCAGCUAGGCGUCCCAAUGUCCAGAUGCCAGACGAAUACUUGCCUCCCAACAAAAUCCUUUUCCUUCAAAAUCUACCCGAAAGCGUUACCAAGGACCAGCUUAUGGCCCUCUUUUCUCAGUACCCAAACCUCCACGAGGUUCGGCUUAUUCCAACAAAAAAAGACAUCGCGUUCGUGGAAUACAUGGACGAAGGCAGCGCUGGGGUUGCCAAAGAUGCUCUUCACAACUACAAGCUUGAUGGGGAGAAUAAGAUCAAGAUUACAUUCGCCCGGAAGUGAACUUCUUGUAUUGUUAUGCUUUGGGAUAUUGUAUCAUAUUUUAAUUGAUGCUACUUGAGUUAGAGUGGUCCACCUGUUAUCGCGAUGACUGCCUCAAGUCCCUAAUUUGCCAAAUGACUUCAGAAGUUCAAGAC